AUGGCUCUUCCCAGAGCACGGUUUCGUGCCCUUUCAUGGGCCAACCAAUUUCUGGCAUAUAAAAGUCCAACUUGGCAGUGUACUACCUGCAAAACCCUUCGCCCGACUUCAAUUAUCGCUCCGCGCAGAUUCGCGACAGCACCUUCCGGAGAGCACAAGAAACCGUACUAUGUGACGACACCUAUUUUCUACGUGAAUGCCGCCCCUCAUGUCGGUCAUCUCUAUACAAUGGUAAUUGCCGACAUCCUGAAGCGAUGGCGAACGCUCUGCGGAGACACAGGCGCUCAACUAUUGACCGCCGCCCUAGCCGCGGAAAUGGAUACUCAGGCCUUCUGCGAUAUGAACUACAAAACCUUUGAGGAUCUAGCCAAGGCGGCACAUAUGGAUUACGAUUACUUCAUCCGGACGACGGAGGCGGCGCACAAGAAGUCCGUACAGUAUUUCUGGGAAAUGCUGAAUCACAGAGGCUACAUUUACACCUCUAAGCAUGAAGGGUGGUAUUCCGUUAGUGAUGAAACAUUCUAUCCUCCGUCGCAGGUACAGAACUCGCUAGAUCCUACCACUGGAAGAAAGAGAAUGGUUUCCGUCGAGACAGGGAAAGAAGUCGAAUGGUCCUCGGAAACAAACUAUCACUUCCGCCUGUCUGCUUUUCAGGAGCGUCUGUUGGACCUAUACAAGACAGGCUUUAUUACACCAUCAAAUUACACGACUGAAAUCGUCAAAUCGGUGUCUUCAGGGCUCCAAGACUUGUCGAUUUCCAGACCUGUGGAGCGGCUAACUUGGGGCAUCCCUGUCCCUGGUGAUGAUACACAGACCAUCUAUGUAUGGCUGGACGCACUUGUCAAUUAUUUGACCAAGGCGGGCUACCCUUUCCCCCCCGGUCAAGAAGGCCGCCUUGGGUGGCCCGCAGAUGUGCAUGUCGUUGGCAAGGAUAUCGUUCGCUUCCACUGUGUAUACUGGCCGGCGUUCCUCAUGGCACUUGAUCUCCCCCUUCCUCGUAAUGUCCUCGUUCAUGGACACUGGACAAUCAACCAUGAGAAAAUGUCCAAGUCCACGGGGAAUGUUGUGAACCCCUUCUUUUCUUUGGACCGGUUCGGUGUUGACACAAUGCGUUUCUUCCUUGCCUACCAGGGCGGCUUGGCGGGAGACGCCGAUUAUGACAACUCCUACAUCAUCCGUGACUACAAGAAGCUGCUCCAAUCGGGUAUCGGAAACCUAGUGCUCCGAGCAAUCGGCUCCUCGAAGGGGAAACUCCAUUCUUACGUUGUCAGCGGGACAUCGGGCGAACUUCCGGCCGCAAACGAGCAAGAUUUGCAAUUUGAACAGUUGCUCAAGGAAACCCCCGUUAAAGUGGGGGAACAUAUGGAGAGCCUUAACCCUCGUGCCGCUUUGCAAACCAUCAUGGUGUUAAUCGAGCAGGGUAACAAGUACAUCCAUCUCUCGGAGCCGUGGAAGGAUGCUAUCAAAGCUCAACGAGUUUUAUUCAAUGUCGCCGAAUCCCUCCGGAUCGCCGGCAUUCUCCUACAGCCCUUUAUGCCCAGCAAGUCUAAGGAGCUUCUAGAUGUUCUCCGCGUCGAUAGUACCCGUCCCUCCAAACGGGCAUUCUCGGCAGCAGUACUGGGGUCCGAUGCAGAAUAUGGGGAAGGCAUUAAGAAGACCGUCUUGUUCCCCCCUCUUAUCGUGGAGCAAUAAGCGUCACAAGGACGUACGGAUUGAUAACAAGAAAAACCACGGAAGCCAAUCAUAAAAGUAGAUUAAAACACCAUUUGGCGACCUGAUUGGCACUAUUCUCCACUGACGCAAGGGUCAGGGAAACGUCGCGAAGCUUUUCCCGAUUUUGCUCGAUGAAGCUGGCGUGCAAGGUUUCCUUUUCCUCACGCUCGACCCCAUGAGCAGGGUUUAUGUUAUGUCAUGGCCAAUCGAUGGUUUUGCUCGAUUCCACAAGGUUAUCAGCGGAAAAGGCCCAGAUCCACGACGCUGGGAGUGAUAGAUAUCGGGGCGGAAAACUCGGGUCUUUCCCGCGGCAAACCUCCUAUGGUGGUAUCGGAAAGACAUCCGCUUGUAUAUCAGAGAGACUUUGGUGUUUGAUACGGUGUAUAAUAAUAUAAUGGAAGGGUUGGU